CGUGACUAUGCCGAGUUACGGAGCCGAAUUCCAAGCGUUUUUCCUGAAAUCGAACUCCGACGUGUUCCGCACCCUCGGCGGCCUCAUGGAGAUCGUGCCUUCGGCCAUGGACGGCCUCAACGGCGUCGCCACGAGGAGGCAAUCCUUCAUGGACGGGCGGCGCUAUUUGGAGCACAUGAUCGCGGAGCAUUUCACGGACGCUCGCGGGGAAGCCCAGCUGUACGUGGGGCGUCAGAGCGUCCUUCCGGGGCUGGCGGGCUGGCCGAUCCCCCACGACGCGCCCUACAAGCCACAGCUCGACCGCCUCAUGAUGAGGAUUCUGGAGGCCGGCCUAUACGAGAAGUGGAGCGAGGACAUGCUAGAGCGAGCGAGAGUAGAGGCUCGACGCCGUCAGAAGAGGAAACUGCAGGAACUGAGACUGGACGAGGAGGACGUCGAGGUCGAGGAAUCAGCACGCAAGACUAAGCCUCUUACGGUCGUCCACUUGCAGGGUCCUCUUAUACUCUUGCUUCUCGGCCUACUGCUGGGGGGGACGGUGUUCGCCCUAGAGGCCUUCGUGGCCAGGUUAUAGGGCGUUACGGGGUCUGCAAUUAUUAUAAUACCAGUAAAGAACUGGCAUUUACGAC